GUGAUACUUGUGAAGUAUGACUCACACUACUAUGUCAGUUUUUUACAGUUCUAGAACUAUGUUUUUAUAAAUACUUGUCCGUAUUUGUAUCAAUUUAACAAAUCUAUUAAUCAUGAACGUGCAGGAAUUGCGUGACGGGUCUCCUUUGCUACAAGCUAUAUUUUUUGGAGAUGUGGACGAAGUUCGAGCGCUAUUAUCAAGAAAGGAAGAUCCAAACUGGCAAGAUAAGGAACAAAGAUCUCUUUUACAUGCAGCUGCAUAUAGGGGAGAUCCAGCAAUUGUAGUAGCACUUCUGUUACAUGGAGCUGUAGUAAAUGCUAAAGAUAAAAAGUGGUUAACUCCUUUGUAUAGAGCUUGUUGCUCAGGGAAUCACAAUGUGGUAGAAGUUUUGUUACGUCAUAAAGCAGAUGUUAAUAUUAGAGAUCGUAGUUGGCAAACUCCUUUACAUGUAGCAGCAGCAAAUAAUGCAGUUCAAUGUGUUGAAUUGAUUGUUCCACAUUUAAUGAACAUUAAUGUAGCAGACAGAGGUGGUAGGACGAGUCUGCAUCAUGCAGCUUACAAUGGACAUGUGGAAAUGACAGAGUAUUUGGCUCAAAUUGGUUGUGUAAUAAAUGCUUCUGAUAGACAAGAUCGUAGGGCUCUACAUUUUGCAGCAUACAUGGGUCAUGAUGGAAUUGUGAGGACACUCAUAGCAAAAGGAGCAGAUGUGGAUGUUAAAGAUCGAGAUUUAUAUACUCCACUACAUGCAGCUGCAGCAUCUGGCAAUGUAGAAUGCAUGCAUACAUUAAUUAAAUCUGGAGCAGAUAUCGAAGCAAAAAAUGUAUAUGGUAACACUCCUCUGCAUAUUGCGUGUUUAAAUGGUCAUGCUGAUGCAGUUACAGAAUUAAUUACCAAUGCUGCAAACGUUGAGGCUGUAAAUUAUCGGGGACAAACGCCGUUGCACGUUGCUGCUGCUAGCACUCAUGGUGUUCAUUGUUUAGAAGUACUUUUAAAAGCUGGUUUGAGAGUAAACGUUCAGUCGGAAGAUGGGCGUACACCUCUACAUAUGACUGCAAUCCAUGGUAGAUUUACUCGAUCAAAAAGUUUACUUGAUGUUGGAGCAUUGCCAGAUACUAAAGAUAAAAAUGGAAAUACUGCUUUACAUGUUGCUGCUUGGUUUGGACAUGAAUGUUUAACAACAACUUUACUGGAAUAUGGUGCAUCUCCGGCGGUGCGAAAUGCUGAACAGCGUACUGCAUUGCACCUUAGUUGCUUGGCAGGCCACAUUGAAGUUUGUAGAAAGUUGUUACAAGUUGAUAGCCGGCGUAUAGAUUCAAGAGAUAUUGGUGGCAGAACACCAUUACAUUUAGCAGCAUUCAAAGGAUCUGUUGAUUGUUUAGAUUUAUUGUUAUCCAGUGGAGCUAAUUUUCGAUUAACUGAUAAUGAUAGCAGAUUGGCACUCCAUCAUGCUGCUAGUCAAGGUCAUUACCCUUGUGUUUUUACUUUGGUUGGAUUUGGAAGUGAUUCUAAUGCACAAGACGUAGAUGGUGCAACUCCUUUGCAUUUGGCUGCAGCAUCAAAUCCUACGGAUUCUGGUGCCCAAUGCGUACAAUAUUUAUUAAAGCACAGAGCAGAUCCGCGUUUGCGCGAUAAACGAGGUUUUACUGCUAUUCAUUACGCAGUAGCUGGAGGAAAUCAGCCAGCUUUAGAAGCUUUGUUAGAAGCUUGUCCACCAGGAAAUUUAACUGUAUCGCCUGGUUCUACAGGAAAAUCGGAACCUCCAUUACCUGCAUUAACACCCUUACAUCUAGCUGCAUAUCAUGGACAUAUUCAAAUAUUAAGCUUGCUACUACCAUUAUUUCCUAAUACUAAUAUUAAAGAAGAUACUGGUAAAACGCCAUUAGAUCUAGCUGCCUAUAAAGGUCACCACCAAUGCGUUCAGCUUUUAUGUGUAUUUUAUGGAGCUUGUGUAUGGGUCCAGGAUUCAAUUACAAGACGUACUCCAGUACAUUGUGCAGCAGCAGCAGGACAUAUUAACUGUCUAGAAUUUCUAUUGGAAAAUGCGGGCGAUUCAAAUGUAAUAAAUUGUUGCGACAUUAAGCAACGAACUCCUUUAACAUUAGCAGUGGCAAACAGUAAUCCGGAAUGUGUUAUGUUGCUUUUAAAAUACAAAGCUGAUUGUAAUUUAGCAGAUAUAAAUAAACAUACACCAUUAUUUCGAGCAGUAAUUAAAGAACGUGACCAUCAGCUAGUAGAAUUGUUAUUAGCACAUGGCGCGCAAGUAGCAAUACAAGAUGCAAAUGGUAAAACGCCAUUACAUCUAGCCGCCGCGUGUGGAAGAGUAAAAGCAUUGGCAUCUCUUGUCAAAGCUAAUCCUGCUGCUGCUACUUUAAAAGAUGAUCAAGGCUGUACAGUUCUUCAUUGGGCUUGCUACAAUGGAAAUUCAAAUUGUGUGGAAUAUCUGUUGGAACAAAAUGUAAUUGAUUCGUUAGAAGGUACUCCAUUUUCAGCUGUUCAUUGUGCAGUAUAUCAGGGGUCAGCACAUUGUUUAGAAUUAUUAAUAAAUAAAUUUGGGGGAAAGGCGGUCGCUGCUCCAAGAGAUAUUCCAGGUGGUCGAUUGCCGUUGCACGUCGCAGCUAGUUCAGGAUCUGUAGAAUGUGCAAAACUGAUUUUGAGUUCUGUUGGACCUGAAUUAGCUGGACUCGAAACGCCGGAUUAUUCGGGUCGAACGCCUCUACUUUGUGCUGCUAUCACAGGCCAAUGCAGUGCAAUCGAGUUAUUGCUUGAGUGGAAAGCUGAUGUGCGUGCUGUUGAUUGUAACAAAAACACAGCUCUUCACCUAGCUUGUCAAAGACGACAUUCUGCUGCUGCUUCGUUAUUAUUAAAUUGGAUCAAUUCGCUUAAUACUAACAGUGAAAACACGUCACAGCAACAGCAAAGCAUUAUUAACAUGACCAAUAAGCAACAAAGAACUCCAUUACAUUUAGCAGCAAGAAACGGUCUUGUAGCGGUAACACGACGUUUAUUACAAUUGGGUGCAAGUGUCGUUGCUGUCGAUGCAGAGGGACUCACACCUGCAUUAGCCUGUGCUCCAAAUCCAGCUGUAGCACGAUGUUUAGCUACUAUUCUUGCUGCACAUGGCCAAAAUUGGGAAGCUGCACAACAUUCGCCGUCAAUUCAACAAACAUCAGAAGUAUAUUUAAAUGGUAGAAGCGGCGAUUCACAACACAGUUCAGAUUCAGAGUUCUACUGACAGCAGGCAUCACGCUUAGAUCAUCAAGCGUUUCAAAAUUUAAAUGUCGAUUCAAUGCACGGGAACAUUGACGCUGCAAGAUUAAUUUGGACAAGUUGUUGGUUAUUUUCAAUUUUGACGUAAUGCUUCUACAUGCAAAAGAACAAAUUUACCAAGUAUGGGGAAUCAGUGCUUAACAAUCGUUCAUUUGCAAUUGUCAGCCAUUUAACAAGUAAUAAUGACAAUACCUCCAUUUUUACUAUUGCGAACUGCCAAGAGGAGUAUGAUAAUACAUGUGUUUAAGGAUCGGAUAAGAGAGCAAUAAUAUUAGGCUUAAAAGAAACGUAUAUUAUCCAAGUAUAAUUAUAUUUUAUAUUAAUCCAAGGACGCCUAAGGUGUUAAACGAUAAAGCUCAGCCUAAAGAAAAGUCAUUUUGUGUUUAUAUAAAGAAAGAGCGAUGAAUAUUAUUUUAUUUAUUCAUACUGUUUAUUUACGUUAUAUAAUAAUAUAAAAUAUCUAGAUAUUUGCUAUU